CAACUGCGAACUCUUAUGAAGGAAUCCGAGGGGAAAUUCAGCUACACUGAUAUAUACAGAACCUACUUUGCCAGCCCUGCCUUCAAAACAGCACUGCGGGCACUUGACCAACACUACCUAUGGAAUACCUCCCAGCUUUUAAAACCGUCUGCUGAGGGCGUAGGGGGAAAGCACCUGACUAGCCCGGCAUCAAUUUUACCCUGCAGCGGUGGCGGCGAGCACGGCGCCCUUCUCAGCGACGACGGCGUCUAUGGCGAGAACGCGUCCGGCUCCUACGAAUGCGUCAAGUGCAAGAAACUGUUCAGCACACCACACGGGCUUGAGGUGCACGUGAGGCGAUCCCACAGCGGGAAGCGCCCGUACGCGUGUGAUAUCUGCAACAAGACGUUCGGCCAUGCUGUUAGUCUGACCCAGCAUCGGGCAGUCCACACCCAGGAGAAGACAUUCCAGUGUAAACAGUGUGGGAAGACAUUUAAGAGGUCGUCAACUCUCUCCACCCAUCUUCUCAUACACAGUGAUACCCGGCCCUACCCUUGCCAGUACUGCGGUAAACGAUUCCAUCAGAAGUCCGACAUGAAGAAACACACCUAUAUUCACACGGGCGAGAAGCCCCACAAAUGCAUGCAGUGCGGGAAAGCCUUCAGUCAAAGUUCAAACCUGAUAACCCACAGUCGCAAACACACUGGAUUCAAACCUUUCUCCUGCAACACAUGCGGACGGGCUUUCCAGAGAAAAGUUGACCUUCGACGCCACAUGGAGACGCAGCACACAAUGGACGCCGCCGCUGCGUUGAACGCGGUCAAUUUGGCUGCCGCGACGACCCACGCACACACUCAUCCGCCUGUCAGGCAAGCCUCGCCCCUUCUCCGCCAGGCAGCCUCUCAACCGUUACAAAUUUCUCCUAUGCAGAGAGUAGAGUAGGUCGGUAACCCUUGAUGGGAAUGAGGCUACAAAGUUUCGGUGCUCGCUGCCACUGAGAACUGUUUGAUUGUAAUGCUGUUCUCCAGACAUCUGAAUGCAAAAUCGCAUUGACAUUCAUUAACUUGAACCAUACGGUGCCUAGUGAAAUCCAAGUCAUUCCGCAAGGGUACGAUCACCGAGCGUUUUGUGAAGAUGUGACAAAAAGAAAUCCAGCUGUAAAUUCCACUCUUUUAUUAGUCUACGGAGCAUAUUAUGCCUAUAUGCUAAUUUAUUGGAUUUUUUUAUUUAACUUACUAUGUAUGUAUGUAUGAAUAUGAUAUCAUUAUUUAUCAUAAUUACUUGUGGUCGCUGUGAAAAAUAAAAAGAAGAUCCAUCUCUAACCUCAGGUAUCUCAGUUUUGGGAUAAGGCAGCAGUUAUGAUUAAACCAGACAAACUAUUUAUUGAAAACAUCAGAAGGUUAAUUUAAAAAGAAGUUAGGUUUCGUGUGUGAUAUUAUAGAAAAUAGACAAAAGGCAGUAUAUGCUAUUCGAAUUACCAUUAUUCUUCCGAAAAAAAGAAGAAAACUGCUGAAUCAUUUCGAACCAGUACUUCCGUAAUACAUACUAAAUACUCUUUGACAACGCGCGGACAACACUGCAGCUUUGGCGUCUCUGGAAUAUGCAAUUCUUGACAUUACAGUCUGUGACUGUAUAAACGCAACUUUUAUAUAUAGCUUUUAAAAGUAUUGAUAUCUAAGAUUUUAAUUAAUGUACAUGUGUUAUGACUUUUUCAAAGUUUAAACUAUACAUUAUCGGGACGUCAAGUUCACUGUAAAUAUAUAUAGUAUUGGCUGCGGGAAGAAAUAUAUAGCAGUCAUUUGUUGUAACUCUGUUUUUGUAGGAAUGUUCGUUGAAGUGUUUUUGAAUUUUAUCUUGUAAAUAUACUUUGAAUGCCAAUUUUUUGACACGGUAAUAUAGUAAAAUGACAUAUAGUAUUACACAUGCUGUGUGCUUUGUUAGAAAGAUGUAUUACUUUUUGGCAAUUGAUUUAUUUCAAUUGAAAAUGCGGACAAUGUGUGCAAUAUGUAAUAUAUUUAUGUAUAAAUGGUUUUGAUAAUGGACAUGUCUUGUUGAGGUAAGACGAAAUCGUUUUCAAGACGAACAUAGUUUACCAUCAGUGAUACUGCAUGGCACCGAGUUUACAUUUUUCACAACAAGGGACUGUCGAUUGUAUAGAACCAUUUGUGCUAAAACAGUAGAGCCGCCAAUGACGUGUGCGUCCCCCUCUCUAUGUGGGGCUAAGAAAAUUGUGGUGUCUUCUGUUAUGGUAUCGGGUUUGCUUAGCGCUUAACAUUGGUUGUGUGUGGAAUUGAUUGUUUUUAUUGAUCACCGAUAUUCAAGCAGUGACCUGGGAUCAAGGCUUUUAGGAAAUUUCGAUAGUAAAGCUUGGUAAACAACUUUUAAUCACAUGAUGACAUUAUGCUUGCUUGACAACUACCUUCGGGCGGCUUCAUAUUUGUAACUCUUUUUUGAGGGGCAUUAUAUUUUUAGUCCCGAUUUCAAGACUAAUGUCUUAUUAGACAUCAGUAAACAUGGUACAUUCUGAUUACCUAAACUUCCAAACAUAAAGCGUCGAUGCACGGUGCUCUAAUAUAGUUAUGUUGUUGUUAUCUUCUUGUAGCAACUUCAAUGGCGCUGAGGCACAAAAAAAUUAGCUAUAAGAUUAAACAAGUCUGUCUCCUUAAAAGCCUUAAUAUUGAAAGCAACGUAACGUUUAUACAUUUUAUAGAUGUGAUUUUAUGCAAGCUUUGGAUGAGAUGCUCAUUAGGAUGGGAUUUUUGUAUCGCUUAGCACUGCGGAGUAUGAGACACUUUUGGUAUCUAUGCAGUACUAUAUACAGGGCCGGCGACGGCAAAAUAGCCAGAACAUAUUGUAGAUGCUUUUUGCUGUUAUUGUUAUUUAUAUAUAUCAACAUCAUCAUCACUAUUGCUUAUUAAAAUCCAACGCUAAACCAUUUUAAGAGUUUUAGUGAAUACUUUUUUCCAAAUAUAAUUUUCUUUGUGUUUUUCAUAACUUUGUUUUUGCUCUGAGGUUUGGUCAGUUUUGUCGCUUUUGCUGGUAUUGCCAAUGUGGCAUUACGGGUAAACUAAAAUAACAUUGGUUACAGUUUGUAUUUCUGUGGCUUAACAACAAAACACCAUGUCAUAUACUUUUUCCUGAUGACUAACACAAACAUGUGAUCAGUCUUUACACGUUGUUUUAUUGCCAGCACUCUGGGACAAUUGUACGUGAAAUUAAAUAUAAUAUUUG